GAACACGCCUCAAAUCAGUUCUAUGGAACACCAUUACCAGCUAACAGUUGUUUGAAAUUACUAUUUAUUUGUGGCUGACAGUGUAAAAGUGCUUCUCUUUCUCCGGAUGAACAGAACCUGCAGAACUUACCAGUGAUUCACAUUAACAGUACCUUGUUUAUAGGAGACCAUCAUCACCACCAUAGCAAUGUUGACCAUAUCUCUGCUGCUCUGUGCUGCCGUUGCUAUGAAUGGAGCAACAGGUGCUGAGGCCCUACCUUCACAAUUUUUUGGGGUACCAGUUCUUGUUUCAGAACCUUUGCUGGAGAAAAACACUGAGAAAGGAGCUAAGGGGGAAGAGGAGGGAGUAGUGGCAGCAGAGAACAGGAACCAGUGCCCCACAGGCUGGUUCCAAUUUGGAUCGCGCUGCUUCAUGUUCGUCGAGACUGCAAGGUCAUGGCCCCUAGCAGAGCGCCACUGUGUGUCCCUUGGAGCAAACCUGGCGUCUGUGCACAGCUCUGCGGAGUAUCAAUUUCUACAGGCAAUUGCGGGGUGCAAGACUGGCGGUUUCCCAACUACCUGGAUCGGAGGAUUUGAUGCUGUUCAGGACAGACUAUGGUUUUGGAGUGACGGCUCUGAAUUUGAUUACCAGAACUGGAAGAAAGGAGAGCCCAAUAAUAGCGGUGGCAGAGAGCCAUGUAUAGUGAUCAACUGGGGAGAUAAAUAUGGCUGGAACGAUAUAAACUGUGGAAGCAGCUUUCCCUCGGUGUGCUCCAAAAGAAUGUGUGAAAUCCAGAAGAACUGAAACCAACAAUGAUACUCCAUAGUGCCAAUAUCCAACUGAACAGUCUUUAUGGUAAAGUCAAAUAUUCAGUAAAGAUUAUUUGUACUUGUUUUGUUGUUUAUUGUCAAUAAAACGGGAGUAGACAUUGUG